AUGAGUAUUGCUCGGCUGGAAUUGCAAGCUGCCGUGUUAGGAGUACGUUUAAGCAAAGUCGUAACAGAAGGUCAUGAAUUCAAAAUUUCGUCAGUACACUAUUGGUCGGAUUCUCAAACUGUUAUUAGUUGGAUCUAUUCUACAGAGCGCCGCUUUAAAGCAUUUGUAAGCCACAGAGUUGCUGAAAUUCUAGAGAAUUCUUUACCCACACAAUGGAAAUGGAUCCCAACAAACCUUAAUGCUGCAGAUGCUGGUACACGACCGACGUAUCCUCCAAAAUUUAUUCAAAAUAGUUUGUGGAUAACAGGACCUGCAUUUUUAUAUGAAGAAGAAUCUUGUUGGCCUAAUAAUGAAGUCGAAUGUCCAGAUUUGUUACAAGAUGAAGUAAAGCCGUGUUUAUUUGCUACAAAUAAUAAUAAUACAGUUAUUCAGUUCUCUCGAUUUUCAUCAUAUACUAAAUUAAAGAGAUGUGUAGCUUGGGUUCUUCGUUUCUUAAAAAGUAUUCACUCGACUGAUGAUUUAAGAGUAGAUGAAAUAACAUCCGCAGAUAUUAUUAUAUGCCGUUUGGUACAAAGCGAGUGUUAUCAAAACGAGUUAAAGUAUCUCCAAAAGUUGCAGGCUGUGCCUAAAUCUAGUACAAUACAUUCCUUGGUUCCUUACUUGGACGGAAAUUCAUUACUCAGAGUUAAUGGACAUUUAGUUGAAGCACUAUUUUUACCUCUGAAUGCAAGAAGGCCAAUUAUUUUACCUCAAAAGCAUUAUGUUUCGGAACUUAUAAUGAUGCACUAUCAUAUAAAAAACCAUCAUCAGAAUAUGUCGGUAACUAUUAACGAGCUACGUCAAAGAUAUUGGAUACCUCAUAUAAAAUCUGUAUUUAAAAAAGUUGUUAAGAAAUGUUACGUAUGUAAAUAUGAUAAUGCCAAACCCACGCAACCAUUAAUGGGAACGUUGCCACCAGAUCGUGUUACUCCAUUCAUACGACCAUUCACUUACACUGGAGUUGAUUUAUUUGGUCCAUUUAAUGUUGCUAUUGGCCGACGUAAAGAAAAACGAGGAGGACAUAUUGAAUUAGCAGAAAAUCUUUCCGCAGAUGCAUUUAUUUUGUGCUUUAGGAACUUUGUAAAUCGACGUGGUACGCCUGUUAGAAUUCGCAGCGAUAAUGGCACGAAUUUUAUUGCAUCUCAGAAGCUUUUAAAAAAAGAAGUAAGACUCCUAAAUAUUGAUGAAAUUACGAAAGAAGCAACCAAACAUAAUAUUGAAUGGAUUUUCAAUUGUCCAGCUAAUCCAAGUUCUGGUGGUUGUUGGGAAAGGCUUAUAAGGAUAGUUAAACGCUUAUUACUGAAAACGUUGAGGGAUUCCACGCCACGUCUUGAGACACUACGAAGUGUUCUUAUUGAAGCCGAAAAUAUUAUAAAUUCCCGUCCAUUGACAGAAAUUCCAGUUUCAUCUGAAGAUGCUGAGUCCAUUACGCCUAACCACUUCCUAAUAGGUUGUCUUAACACAAUGCAAACUCCAAUUACUAAUGAAGAAAACAUAUGUCUACGAAAACAAUGGAGGAUUGCUCAAAACUUGAAGGACCGAUUGUGGAAAAGAUGGGUUACUGAAUUCCUUCCUCAACUAAUGCAAAGACCAAAGUGGAAAAAUGCUGUUAGUCCCAUACAGAUAGAUGAUAUUGUUUUAAUCCUUGAUUCAAGUCAACCAAGACACCAGUGGCUCAAGGGCCGUGUAUUAAAAACUUAUCCUUCCAAAGAUGGUCAAGUACGCUUUGCCGACAUCAAAACCAAAAAUGGAGUUACUCGUCGACCAGCCUCAAAAUUAGCUGUUUUGAAUUUGUCAAGUGGUGAACCAGUUCACGAAGGGGGGAAUGUUAGAGUUAGAUUGUUAAAAACGUUUUUACUGAAUAAAGACACCAACACGUAUGUAUAUAUAAAAGUGUAA